AAGCAACAAAUUGAACAACAAAGGCUGGAAAAUUUGUUGCAUAAAAUUCGGGUCCGUUUUUCGCGAAUUCUACAUCGUAAUCCGGAAAUCUUGGUUCCAGAUGUGGAAAUGAAUCGUUCUCUGUGCAAUGUACAAAACAGUAAACUUGGGGAUUGCUGAUGAAGUGGUAAAAUCAUGGAAAAUUGGUGAGGCUUUUUGGCUGCUUUGAGCUGUGCUGGGCUGUGAUGGGUAUCGAUUUUUCCUGCUUGGUGUGAUGAUGGUUGACGUUAAAUUGAAGUGUUGUGGAAAAAUAAUCCAAGAAUAAAAGAUUUACGAUUGGUGUUGCACAGAAUAUUCGUCUCGAUAAACGGAUUAAAGCAACGACGGCUGCUAGUGUUGUGUGGAAACCAGUUCUAGCUUGGAACAUACCUUCAUCGAAGGAUCCCUCUGAAGAAACCCUUCAACUGCAGAAUAAUAUAAGCGGGGAAGGUCCCUGAUUCCGAUCGAUGGAAACUAAUUCAAACCCGUGAAACAUAGAAGCAGGCCAUUUACAAAGAAUGGAUCGUAGGAAAUCACAAUAACAAAACUGUGGAUACAGAUGCGUCCCUGAUACUUCUGUUCUGCUCUAUAGGGAGUGAGUGCGCCAAGUGGUGCCUGCUUUAAUUGCGUUAGCUAGUUCGUUACAUUCGGAUCGUUUCUGGCUGGACACUUGCCGCUCGAGGUGCCGUUGAUGAGUAGCAGCAACAACAAAAAAUAUACACACAAGUGGCUGGCUAGCUAGGGAAACAUUCGUCAUCUAGCACUCGUCCAGGGAGGAACAGUGCCUUUGCCUGGGGACGAAAGGGAAAAACGUGUUGUGUCGUCUGUUUCUCAUGCCUCUGAUGGUCGGCGUGUGCUCAAGUGCCGAUCAACGAUAGUUAGACACUUGAAGUGACCAUUUGUGGGGAUACUGACAGGGAAAGCGAUCUUUAUGAACGAUAUGAAACUACAAUGAAGUCCGCAAAAGGAUAAGAAUUUGUGCUAGAGUGUAAAACGAUAACCGUUGUUGAGUGAUCAAUCAAGAAAAUGGGGGGCUCCGUAAGCCAAGUGUUUCGGUCCGGAAGUGCAUUACUGUCGAAUCGGGAUGGGCACAAGGUUUCCGAGACGACCGUUGAUAAGGUGAACACAAUAUUCGAUGCUUUGCGGGCGAAUCCGAAGAUUUCGAUUCAGCGGCUGGAGCCGCUGCUGCUGCAGAUACCUAAGUACGAAAACAUCCUUGCCAUUCACGACGAAACCGGCUACAACCUGCUUCAGAAAAGCGUGGGCCUGAACCACAUCGAACUGGCACGGUGGUUGCUGCAGCGCCAUCGACCGGAUGUGAACAGAAGUUCCUGCUCGCUGCCACUGCACAUUGCCUGCCUCAAGGGCUACGAGGAAUGUGUGGAACUUUUGCUGAAGCAUGGCGCCAGAAUCGAUACCGAAGCGAGAAUGUGCUUUCCAGGUGCUCACUCCCACAACUGCGAGGAAAGUGGGAAAUAUAAAAAUCAAAGUGAUGACGUGGGCGUUUGUGAGCGACCAAACACCACCAAAUUGCAAAAUGCCGUCUGUUACGCCAUCGACGGGGAUCAGAUCAAUGUGUUGAACAUUUUGGCUCAAAAGAUGGAAGAACCAUGGAUGCCGUUCCGGGUGCGAAAACCUUUGCUGCACAUUGCCUGCGAACGAGGAGCUUGGAAAUGUGUUCAGCAUCUAGUGCAAACUCGGUCGGACGAGAUCAAUCUGAUCAAGGAUGAGUACUAUCCCAUACAUCAGGCUGUGCUACACGAUGGACGAUUCCUGGAGCUGCUGAUACAGCAUGGAGCCAUCACAACCGUUAGGACAUGUACCCAGCAAAUGACGUUGCUGCAUGUCGUUAUUCUGGCGGCAAGAAAAUCUGCCGAAGAUACUCUUAACACCAUCAGAAUACUGUUGGAGCGAGGAUGCAAAGAACUGAUCAACAGUCCUGAUUCUCUCGGCAAUACCCCACUGCACGCAAUCAUUGUCCGAUACGCCCUAGAGGAAGCGAGAUACGGCUACGACAAAUGGAACAAAUGGGACGUACUGCACCUGGUGCGGUUCAUGCUGCAGAAUGGUGCCAAAAGCUCAAUCAAUCAGGCCGGCAACAGUGCGUUGGCCUGCGUGUUUCGCCAUAUACGGGACUGGGAGGUGUGCUAUGAGCUGCUGAAUAUGCUGAUCAAGGAAGGAGGUGAUCCUAACAUAGUUGGUCGGGAUGGUUCUGUACCAAUUAUGGUUUGCCUUGUUCCACUGAUCAACAAAGAUCCGCUGCAUCAUUUUACGCAUUCCAUGAAGGUGUGCUAUCUGAACUGCAUCCGGAUAUUGCUGCAGAACGGUGCCAAUCCGAACUGUUCGUACCGCUCGAAUCUCACGCCGUUGCACGUGCUGAUUUUCACGGUGUCGGAGAAUUUUACCCUCAACUGUGAUACGCAAAAGCGCGCCAAUUUCGACUUCAUCAAGAACAUUCUAAUUCUGCUGCUGCAGUACGGGCUGGACUGUAACAUCACGUCCCAGCAUAUUCUGCAGUCGGUGAUCGAUAUGAUCGUCAAUGUGCGUACCUGUCCGGAUAUCCUGUGUGUGUACGAGCUGCUGCUGGUACUGAUUCAGUACGGAACUGACCCCAACAUUACCCUGAGUAACAAGCUUAUGAUGAGUGGCAGCAGUAGCCAUUCGAUAAACUAUGUAAACGAUUUUAUCAACUUUGGAGGGAUGCGAGCGGUUGGAAGUGCUGGCGAUGGUGCCGGACCCAGCGGAAGUACUGCAGCCGUUGCCUCCACAUCGAAUGGGACAGGAACUGCGGCCGGUGGAAAUGGCAGCGACAAUCUACGGAGCUCGUUCCGCAACAACGCCCGAAAUUAUCUCUUAUUCUACUACAUCAUGCUUAUCACGCGGAAAGAGUUCAUUCUUCUCGAUCGAGACCAAACGUACCAACGCAUUAUCUAUCUAUUCUACUAUUCUAUGAAGCACGAAACACUUUUCAACUGCCUCAAAUCUUUGCAUAAUCUAUUCAUAGCUCAGGUUCCGAACAAAUCUAUCGAUAAUCUGAGGCAUCUCAUAAUAACGCUCUACAAAAAGCCCCGAAGUUUGAAGCAACUCUGUCGGGUGUGUAUAUAUAACAAUCUGAACAAAAAACUAGCACCGAGCAUAAAUCGGCUGAACCUGCCACUUCCCUUGAAAGAGUAUGUUCUCAACUUUGAAGGUUAAAAUGCCUGCUCACACUCAGUCCAGUCAUUCGACUCUUUAAGUCUCUCUGUAUGACUAUAAAUGUCCCGCAUUUUCAGUGUUUAGAUAUUGUGUAUAUUUAAUUAAGAACAAAUAAAUCUAAUUCAAAACAAACGCAAGAUAAAAAAACAAUCACUUCUGAUGCCGAAACAGGACAUAGGAAUAGGAAUAUAAUCUCAGAAUGCAUCGAUGUAAAAAAAGAUGCCAGAACAGGAUAGACCAGUUUAGGAAUCAAUUCUCGUAGGGAUAGAAAGCAUCGAUCUGUUAACUAAAAACGAAUGAGUUUCAUGCUAAAAUAAUAUUCGGUAAAGUGAAAAAGUACUGGUAAACUUUACUGAGGAUUUCUAUGUUGAACUCAUUGCACAGCCACCAGCCCCUUUACUCUCUUUGUGAUUGCAUUGUGAACUUUUCUCUUGGGACAAAGAACCAUGCAUUUGAAUGUGUGGUCUGCAUUUCGUUUUCCUCCCUCAAAAAUAUCUUCUUCGAUAAGAACCUGGAAUCCUACACUCUGUUAGCGAGAAUACUGUAUUCAGUAACUUCAAAAUUUCAACCAGUUGGAAUUUGCUCGCAAAUGGAUUAAAAUGAGUCCUGAAACGAAUCUUACAUUGUCACUUUAGUGUUUGGACUGUAACAAUAUUGCGAAAGAAACAAACAUACCAAAAUACAAAUUAUAUUCACUAUUA